AUGAGUUGUCGGACAACCCCCAACUCGUCUCCUUCAUCGAAGACUACCUCGGAACCAGCAUUGAAACUCUUGAAUUAUUCAGUUCCCUCGAGGAAUGCCCUCGAUGAAGCUCACUCCACCGUCUACCUCGCUGGCCGAGCAGUCUACCUCUUCGAAUGUGGCAUGCCUAUCUCGUCCGUCUUCGAGGAUCUUGAACAACUCAAAACUCAAGGUAACCCAUUCCACCUUUUCCCUCAAAACUACGUGGAUAAGCUCAAGAGCUUGUGCGAGGUCCACGGUUCCUACAUCCAGAAGCUCUCAGAGCGCGAGAAAGACCUGGAUCGAAAGCUCGGCAAAGUUGAAUAUUGGAAGACAGUUGGUUCUUGUGUUUGCUUUGUGGCCGUCGUUGGAUUGUUGAUAGGCUCUGCGGUGCUUGCGAUUAUGGGUGCUCCGCCGGUGGCCAUCACAAUACUUGGAUUGGCCGGCAGUGCAAUCGCACUGCUGGAAAAGGAGAUUGAGCUUCUUACCGAUAAGCGUAAGAGCGUGAUUGAAGGUGAGAGAGACAUCAUUAUUGAACUAAAGAAGCAAAUUUAUGAGCUCGAUGACAUUAAUGAGCUUGUUAAACAGUUGGAGGAACUGGUUAACUCGGUUGAUGGGUAUGCUGGGUUUCGAAUGGAAAAGAGAAAUAAUGAUGAGGAGGUGAAGAAGGAGGUGAAGUUGACGAAAGCCAUGUAUGGCAUCAAGAUUAAGGCUAAGCGUUUAAACAAAAGGGUUAAGGAUAUGAAGAAGGAGGUGAACCUGCGUCGUGAGAAUCUGAGGACAGCCGUGGCCACCAUCUUGAUGGCUGUCAAAACUGAUAAAUAUGAAUGUGUGUCUUGUGUUGGGUCUAUGCCAUAA